ACGCAAAUGCAGACAAAUCAACACAGGAAGCAAAUGGAGAUAUCUAGUUCAUAUGUACAAUGCUCAUGUUUCGCUGCAUUGAAGGAACUUCAUUCCCCUUUACGUCCAUUCUCAACAACUCUAUUUCCAUCAAUAACGCCUCAAAAUAAAAGAAUACUUGUUGCUAUCAGUAAGCAAUGGUCUCACAUGCUACCAAAGUCAGUAGCUGCAUCUGCACAGAAGGACUUCAGGGGAAAUAUCGAUCAAGCUAUUGAUACAACUCCAAGCACGAGCAGUGAAGAUAAUGAUGGUGGCCUUAAAGGCAAGGCCACCAAAGGAUCUGGGACGACAGCAAGAGGACGCCGUUUACUGAAAGUUAGAGAGGAAAAGAGAAAAAGAGAUUAUGAGCGUCUUCACGGUUAUCCUGCUUGGGCAAAGGUGUUGGAAAAUGCCUGUAAAAAUGAUUCUGAGCUUAGGGCUGUUCUUGGGGACAGCAUUGGGAAUCCUGAGCUCAUGAGAAAGAGAGUUGAAGAAAGAGUUCGAAGGAAAGGGAGGGAUUUCCAGAAAUCAAAAACUGGAUCUGUACUUGCAUUCAAAGUUAGCUUUAGAGAUUUUAAUCCACUUGAUUCCAACAUAUGGUUCGAGUUAUUCGGGUCGCCUUCUGAUCGAGAUGUUGACCUUCUUGGUAGUGUUAUUCAAUCAUGGUAUGUCAUGGGUCGUUUAGGUGCAUUUAAUUCAGCCAAUUUGCAGUUGGCAAACAUGUCAAUGGAGUAUGAUCCACUGUAUGAUGCAGACAAGGGUUUUAAGGUUAUGCCUUCGUCUUUUCACGAUAUAAGUGAUGUUGAGUUCCAGGACAACUGGGGCAGGGUCUGGGUAGACCUUGGUACGGCUGAUUUCUUUUCCAUCGAUGUUCUUCUCAAUUGCUUGACUGUAUUGAGUUCUGAAUAUUUGGGCAUCAAACAGGUAGUUUUCGGUGGGCGUCGAAUGGGAGACUGGGAAGAUGGGAUGACGAGUCCUGAGUUUGGAUAUAAGUCCUUCAAAAUUUGAAGUGAACUUUCACAAAUCACAAAAAGUGUCUACACUUAAAUUUAGUAACUAUUUUUGUUAACUAAGGAUAUAUAUAUAUAUAGCUGCUUUUGUGUAAUUUGUUCUUCUGUAGCAUGUAGUUUCUGUCAUUUUCUUUCUCCUUUUCCUUUCCACAAAAGCUCAUAUGAUACAAGGAAGCAAAUAUUUGUUCUUACAAUAAUCUGUUCUGAGUUGCUGAGAACAAUGGAGCAAUUUCAAAUAGAAAACAUCUCACCAAGUGUUUGGCUAUUGUGAAACUUGUUGUACAAGACUUCUGAAUGAAUGCAUCAAGUCUGUAUGCUUUCAUUAGAUUAAUAUAAUUUUAGCUCGUUAUUAUUACAA